AGUUGUUGUUGUUGUUGAUCCGCUGACCAUUAAAGAAGAGUCCUAACUGCGGAUUGUUUUCAAGUUGACGUGUUGUUAAGUGAUUCGUCGAACUUUAAGGCUUUUAGAUAGAAACUUCAAGUGGCAGUUUACAUCAUUCUUUUCGGUUUCUAACAUGGACCAAUAUCAGGCAAAAUACAAUACCAAAAGCACUUCUGUAAAACGUUUGAUGCGAGAGGCUAAGGAGCUACAAGAGGCUACUGAGGAUUACUGCGCCCAUCCUUUGGAAGAAAACUUAUUUGAAUGGCACUUCACUAUAAGAGGACCACCAGAUUCUGAUUUCUCAGGUGGAGUCUACCAUGGACGUAUUCUUCUUCCAGCAGAGUAUCCAAUGAAGCCACCCAACAUCAUUUUAUUAACACCCAACGGUCGAUUUGAGGUCAAUAAGAAGAUAUGUCUCAGCAUAUCAGGACAUCAUCCAGAAACCUGGCAACCUUCCUGGUCAAUCAGAACAGCUUUGCUAGCUCUGAUUGCUUUCAUGCCAACUCCUGGUAUUGGUACAAUUGGUUCCUUGGAUUUUACUCCUGAAGAAAGGAAACAACUGGCUCUCAAGUCACAGUCCUUCGUGUGUUCGGAUUGUGGGAAAAUCACCGAGGAGCUUGCCACUGGGGUGUCAAAGCCUGUGACCGAGGAAGAAAAAUCAUUGAUUGAUUGUGUUGCGUUUAAGGAGGAAGAAGUACAUGAAAGUAAUAAUGGGGAAGCUGACCCACCAUCAUCAUCAGUCUCUGAAUCAUCUCAAUCCGAGCUAAGAGUAAGGAAGCCUUAUACAGCAGAUUCUGCUCCUGGCCAAGCUAGUGGAGGACCAGCAGCAGUAGAAUCUAGUAAUUCAUUGAAUUCUCAGACUGUGCAACCACAGGCUAAUACGGGAAAUAUAAACCUUUUGGAUCGACACCGAAGUCUGAUCAUACUAUUUAUAGUAACAGCAAUAGGUCUCCUUGUUUUCCGUAGACUGAUAAUGAUUUAAAUAUUGUAGGUAGGUAAAUUUCUAGCAAUUUGUGAUUUCACCCUCCUUUGGUUCAUUGUUAUAAAUUUAUAACCAAUAUUAGAGUUUAACUUUCAAUCAAUCAGAAUGUGUGGUAGUUAAAUGUUAAAUCCAUGCCAUGCUGUGUGUAGAAAAGUAUGGAGGGUGUCUUAGCCAUUCAGUCCAAUUGAAUUGACUGAAAGUGGACUGAAGUGUAAAUGGAAACCUCAAUAUUUUUGGUAAUGAUAAUGAAACUUGGAAGUGCCGUAAAACAAGGUCAGAAAAUUAGGCUGCACCAUGAGGUUCAAAGAGCAUGAAUGCCUUAACUGCACCAUAGUAUUUUUUGUUAUAGAAGUCAAAGGUAUUGUGAGCAUUCAUGAUAAUUAAUUAUUCCAAGCUUGUAAUAAGCUUCCCACCAAAGUUUGAGUUGAUGGCUGUGCUGUAUGCUGAAUGUUUACUUUUCUUCAGCAAGAAAUUAUUUCAUGUUUCAUACAAACCAUUUUAUAUUGUACAAAGUUCAUCAAAUUUAUUUACAUUUCAUGAUUUACAUUUCAUGUGAGUUGUAGCAGUUCCUUAUAGUUGGUUAUAUAUCAACGUAUUCUUUUCUAAGAAUUGUUUCAUAUGGAGGGUAACUGAUCAAACAUACACAAUUUAAUACAUUUUGUGUUUCAAACAAAAAAUAUUUUUCCUAUAGUUACUAAAUGCUACUAUGCAUUUUUAUUUCCUGUUACUCUCUUGGAGUCUGUACAGAGAUCAAAUAUCUUCUUGUUAAAUCAUUGUUGAAGACUUGUAUUGUUUUACUUCAACUUAUUUCCUAAAUAAAAUGUAGCCAUUAAAAAAAUGGUGCUAGUUAA